CGCGGAGGCGGGCGGGGAGGUCCCGCAGCCCGCGCCGCCGCCAGCCGCCCCGAGCCGCGUGCGCGCGCGGCCGCAUCAGCUGAACGCGCGGCGCGUGUCACGUGGUGUGCGUGUCGAAGGUCACGGCGCGCUCACAAUGGAACUCUCAGAGUCUGUGCAGAAAGGCUUCCAGAUGCUGGCGGAUCCCGGCUCCUUCGACUCCAACGCCUUCACGCUUCUCCUCCGGGCGGCAUUCCAGAGUCUGCUGGACGCCCAGGCGGACGAGGCCGUGUUAGAUCAUCCAGACUUGAAACAUAUCGACCCAGUGGUUUUAAAACAUUGUCAUGCAGCAGCUGCAACUUACAUACUAGAGGCAGGAAAGCACCGAGCUGACAAGUCUACUCUAAGCACUUAUCUAGAAGACUGUAAAUUUGACAGAGAGCGAAUAGAAGUGUUUUGCACGGAAUAUCAGAAUAAUAAGAAUUCCCUAGAAAUCCUACUGGGAAGUAUAGGCAGAUCUCUCCCUCAUAUAAUGGAUGUUUCUUGGCGCUUGGAAUAUCAGAUAAAGACCAAUCAACUUCAUAAGAUGUACAGACCUGCAUAUUUGGUGACCUUAAGUGUACAGAACACUGAUUCCCCAUCCUAUCCAGAGAUUAGUUUUAGUUGCAGCAUGGAACAAUUACAGGACUUGGUGGGGAAACUUAAAGAUGCUUCGAAAAGCCUGGAAAGAGCAACUCAGUUGUAACUUGGUGAAGUUAACGAUCCGCCCGAGUGCAGAGGAAAACCAGAAACGCCUUGCCUUCAGCUGAACCACCGUUUGUGCGAGCUGGAUGUCCUUUUCAGUAGAAAAGAAUUUUCCUUUUGAAUUUAUACCAUUCAUCAAUUUUGACACUUUAAAAACGUGUGAAAGGGUUAAGAGGGAAAGAUACUGCCCAAGUAUUUGAAUCGUUUAGUAGUAACUGUCCAUUUAUCCUAUUUUGAUCUUUUUCAAGUCUAAUGAAAGGAAGUAGACAGUAUUACACCCUGAAUAAAUAAGGUGUUGUUUUCCACAAA